AUGCAAUAUUAUACAACACAACAACUUCAAGGUCAUACAACCUUUAAACCUCACGUUAGAAUCGGAAAUUGGAAUGAGGAUAUUGAAUUAAUGAACGAAAAACAAAAAGAAUUAGAAAGAGCUAAGGAUGCUGGUUUGCUUCCUCAUCAAGUGAUGGAAAAAAAGUUGCAACAUCACAUGGAACCAGUAACAAUCAAAUUUAAUGAAGAAAAACAAAUUAGAUUCGGAGAUAUUGUUAUGAUAAAAAGUUUAAAUACAAAUGGGUACUUGUCAAUGGAUUUGGAUACACAACUUCAUCAUGUUCACGAUAGAUUUGCUUGCUCCACUUCUCCUUUGGUUAAUUCGCCAGUGUCAAGGAAUUGUUAUAUUGUCGAAAGAGUUGAGAACGAUGUCAAUAUCGAUAUGAUCAUUCCUGAUGAGGAAAGCCAUUUACUUCACUAUGGGCAAAAGUUUAGAUUGAGAUGCGUUCCUCAAUUUAGUGCACCUCUCUUUUUGAGAUCAGAAAAGGCCUCACCAACCUGCUUUGCUUCAGGAACUUCAAGCGCAGAGAAAUGUCAAGAAGUUUCUGUUGACAAAUUGUACACAUAUGAUUCUGUUUGGAAAUUUCAAUACAUCCACAAAGGAUUUAGACUUGAAAAUGAAGGACAAGUGGUUACUCUUGAUGAUCCACUGAUUGUCACUCACUGUGCAACAAAUCAAUGUUUGAAUUCUACAAAGAAAACAACUGUUUUGAAUGAUUUUGGACAAGAAUUCCAAGUUUUCUGUAAAACCAUGUUAACCAUCCACAAGACUGAAGAUGUAUGCAAUCAUUUUGUUUUGACACAAGGAGGAAAAUAA